UGAUACUUGCUGCAGCCAACGAGUCUGGAGCGCCUGCUGGUGGUUAGUGCUUACAGUUGCCACUUGCUCAUCAAUGGAGCAACCAACGCCGAGAACGAGUGCAGUUGUGCCAUGGUCGUUGCUGCUGCUCUGCCUCGUGAGCGGGGCACUGCAAGCUCGUGCCCAGCCCAACGGUUUUAUAAGCAUAGACUGCGGGGGACCGACAGGCUACGUGGAUGACACCACCGGGCUAUCCUACACCACGGACGCCGGCUUCAUCGACGCCGAUGCCGGCAACAACCACAACAUUUCUGUUGAAUACAUUACUCCGUCGACGCCCAAGAGCUGGUACAGCGUGCGCAGCUUCCCCAGUGAAACACGCAACUGCUACACUCUCAGCUCACUCGUGUCCGGACUCCAGUACCUUGUCCGGGGCAAGUUCUUGUACGGCAACUACGAUGACCCCAACAGGCUACCCAUCUUCGACCUCUACAUCGGCGUUAACUUCUGGACAAGAGUGAACAUCUUAGAAGCCGGCGCAGCGGUAUAUACAGAGGCCAUCAUGGUGGUGCCGAACGAUUCCUUGCAGGUUUGCUUGAUGAACACCGGCAGCGGGACGCCGUUCAUCUCAGGACUGGAUCUGAGGCCGCUAAAGAACAAGCUCUACCCACUGGCCAACGAGACGCAGGCCCUGGUCCUGCUACACAGGUUCAACUUCGGACCGACUGAUAGCCACGACAUUAUCAGGUACCCUUUGGAUCCGUAUGACCGGAUAUGGUUCCCUUUUGUCGACGCUACAGACUGGACUGACAUGUCAACGGACAUGAACGUGAACGCUGAUGUCGACCAGCUCUUCCAGCCGCCUGAGGCAGUGAUGCAGACGGCCAUCACGCCGCGGAACGUCUCCAACAACAUAGAGUUUAGCUUGGACCUCGAGAGUUUUCCUAGUGACCUGCGCCUGGGGUACAUCUAUACGUUGUACUUCUGUGAACUGGAGGACCUCAGCAGUAGUAAUGCAGUACGGGAGUACUACAUCAACCUGGAUGACGUCCUGCAGGUGGAGUCCUCGGAAGAAGCCUACACUCCGACAUACCUUGUGGACCGUUACUUCUACUCAACUGGGCCCUUUCAAGCCGACCAGUCCAUUGUUAUCUCCCUCAACGCCACCGCUGAGUCAACGCUGCCGCCCAUCAUAAACGCCAUCGAGCUAUUCGCCGUCAUCGCAACCACCACCCUGGGUACUGACGAACAGGACGUAUCUGCCAUCACGGCUAUCAAGGAGAUGUACCAGGUGCACAAGAACUGGAUGGGUGACCCGUGCGUUCCCAAGGCCCUCAACUGGGAUGGCUUGACCUGCAGCUAUGACGUAUCCAAACCUCCAAUAAUUACAAACGUAAACAUGUCCUUCAAUGGUCUCCGUGGUGGUAUAUCGCCAAAUUUCGCAAAUCUAAAGGACGUCCAAUACUUGGAUCUCUCAAACAAUAACCUUACAGGAUCAAUUCCAGAUACCCUUGCACGAUUACAUUCAUUAAUACUUUUAGAUCUCUCAAACAACAAUCUAAAUGGAUCAAUUCCGUUUGGACUUCUCAAAAAGAUCGAAGAUGGCUCCUUGAGUCUGAGAUAUAGCAACAAUCCUGAUCUUUGUACUAAUGGCAACUCAUGUCAGCUUCCUGAAAGGGGCAGCAAAGUAGCCAUCUACAUAGCUGUUCCUGUAGUUGUGAUUGUGGUGUUAGUGUUAGCGUCAGUACUAUGCUUUUGCAUGCAAAGAAAAAGGAAGCAAGGAUCAAUCAAUUACUCCGUAAAGCUGACAAAUGAAGGUGAUGGGAAUAGUUCACUUAGACUUGAGAACCGUCGGUUCACGUACAUGGAACUGCAGAUGAUAACGAACAACUUCCAGCGAGUGCUUGGCCAAGGUGGGUUCGGGUAUGUCUUCCAAGGCUCCCUGGAAGAUGGCACUCAGGUGGCAGUAAAGUUGAGGUCUCAUUCUUCAAAUCAAGGUGUCAAGCAAUUCCUCGCAGAGGCUCAAGUUUUAACACGGAUCCAUCAUAGGAAUCUUGUCUCCAUGAUUGGUUACUGCAAAGAUGGGGUGCACAUGGCACUUGUCUAUGAGUACAUGCCUCAAGGAACGCUACACGAGCACAUUUCAGGGAAACACAACAAUGGGCUAGGUUUACCCUGGAGACAAAGACUCCGAGUCGCACUUGAAUCUGCCCAAGGGCUGGAGUACCUACACAAAGGUUGCAACCCACCUAUAAUUCACAGGGAUGUUAAGACCACCAACAUUCUGUUAAACGCAAGACUAGAGGCCAAGAUUGCCGAUUUUGGAAUGUCCAAGGCUUUCAACUAUGAAGAUAGCACCCAUGUGUCCACCAACACGUUUGCCGGUACACAUGGAUAUGUUGAUCCAGAGUAUCAAAGAACAAUGCAGCCGUCGACCAAGAGUGACGUGUACAGCUUUGGUGUCGUGCUGCUACAACUAGUCACGGGUAAGCCGGCCAUUCUACGCGAUCCCAAGCCCAUAACAAUCAUCAACUGGACACGACAAGUGCUUGCACGGGGAGACAUUGAAAGCAUGGUGGACGCGCGUAUGCAAGGUGAUCAUGACAUCAAUGCUGUUUGGAAGACUACAGAGAUUGCGCUCAUGUGCACUGAGCAAGCGCCCCAGCAGCGGCCCUCCAUGAUUGACGUGGUGAUGCAACUACAAGAGUGCCUCGAUCUCGAGUUAGGCAGUGGCAAUGGUGGCAAAGACCCAAACAUGGGCUACAAUGUUGCCACUUACAUGUCCAUUGAUGUGAGUCAAAACAACGGUACGUUUGAGAUAGAUCACAAUUAUACAACUGGGCCGCCAAUGGAUACAGGUCCAGCAGCCGCACGAUGAAGACAACUUUGUGAACCCAAUCUACCAGCCAUCAUGAAUUCUCUUCUUUCAUGAUCAGAUCUCUACAAUAAUUUUUACAACGUUUUACCUAGGUGUGUAAUGUUCUUGCCAUAUGAAGUGUCUAGUUCAAUUA